GCCACAAUCAAUCUGAGUUGUGUGGCAUCCAAAUAUCCCACAUAACCACACACCCUUCUCUCUGUCCCCACUCCCCCCCUUCACCCCCACCUACCUCUCUCCGCCAUGCGCUACCUCUCACCAUGGGCUGCUCCUCCACUUGCUACCUUCCCCCCAAUCCCCUCCCAUCACACCAGCACCACCAUCCACACCACCAGCGUCUUCCCUUAAACCGCCGCUCCCUUCUCUUCCUUUCCACCACCCUCCCUCUCUCCACCCCGCUUACUUCCUCCGCCUCCCCCCCUCCCUCACCGGACACCACCGUCACCGACAGAGUCUUCCUAGACUUCAGCCUCUGCCCAUCGUACUUCCUCAACCGCACACUCGGCGAGUACGACCUCUCCGUCUGUGCCGAGUCCGAGCCCCUCGGUCGCCUCGUCCUCGGCCUCUAUGGCAACCUCGUCCCCAUCACCGUCUCCAACUUCAAAGCCAUGUGCAAUGGCUCCUCGGGCUCAACCUACAAGGGCACUUUGGUCCAGAAAAUAUUCCCGGGUCAGUUCUUCGUUGCGGGUCGACAGGGCCGGAGAGAUAAAGGAGAGGUUAAGCCGCCGGUUGAGCUUGCUAGAAACACGGAGACAGUUGAUUCCAAAGCCUUUCUAUUGGAACACUCCAGGCCCGGUUUAGUUUCGUUGUGCUUGUCUGAAAAUGAUGAUGAUGACGAUUUGAAGCUCAGCCCGAAUUAUCAUAAUGUAGAGUUCUUGAUCACUACUGGGCCCGGCCCAUGCCCCCAGCUUGACAGUAAGAAUAUUGUCUUUGGGUCUGUGCUUGAAGGGUUGGAUGUUGUCACAGCCAUAGCUUCCAUUCCCACGUACAAACCAGCAGAAAGAAUCCGACAAUACAACGACUUUGCAGAGUUUAUUGGAGACGGAAGAGCAAAAACUGCGCGCGCCAUCUGGAACAGACCUCUCAAAACUCUGUAUAUCAGUGAUUGUGGAGAACUGAAAGUUGCAAAACCUACACUUCCCCCAACUCUACCCUGAUACUGCUAUGUUACGUUGUUGAGGUUCCCAAAUAGUACUCUUGUGCAUCCUGUAAGUUACGAAUAUUUUCCUCAGCAACUACGGUAAAAUUCAGGUGAGAAGAAUCUGCGUUUGUUUCUAGUGUUCCGCUGCUCUCUGCAUUGUUUCUUUCUUUUUUGUGAACCAGAAUUCGUUUUGGUUGCUCGAUAUAUGUAGACCUUCUUGCUCAGAUGAAAAUUUCUGAUUAACUUUUAAUC